CAGUCACGGCGUUUAGACGGGUAAAAAGCGAAGGCGCUCUCCAUAUAUCGUUUGGAGCGUGUGUGGGUAGCAUUUGCUUUCGUGCCGGGCUGACAUAAAAACCUCAAUUAAAUAUCACGAGACAAAAAGUAGCGCAACCAAAUCAUGGAAGAGCAGUGGAAUAAUGUGGAACUGACAACUUUAAGGAAGAAAUCCUAUACUUUAAACCAUAAAUAUGAUUUAGUUAAUAAAUGCGUUGUUGAGAAUAGUAACAGCGAAGAGAGUACCGAUAAUAAGGGCGAUGCUAACAAUACAAACCAAAGUGAAGUACUACAGCCAGGUUCUAAUAUUAAACCAAAAGUAACAACAGAAAAUGUGGAAUCGUUAGCGCGACGCCUUUAUGGAAUUACUAUAAAUAAUAUGAAAGAAUUGAUAUCAUAUGAUGAUCGCAAUUAUCUUAUACAACCAGAUUGGAAUAUAAAAAAUCCAAUAAUCACCACGCAAUGGCCUCAUGGUUAUAUUUUGAAAAUUCUAAAUGCAUUGGAUUCAAAAAAGCUGGACUUCGUCGAUGCACAGAAUCAGAUGAUGAUGUAUUUAUCCAAAGAAGGUAUCGUUUGCCCCAGACCAAUUGCAAAUGUAAAUGAUAAAUACUUUUCUGUGGAACACAUAAAUGGCUCUGAUCAUGUCGUUCGUUUGUUGGAGUUUGUGCCUGGCAAAAUGUUUCAUGAAGUGGAAAGUUCGCAUUAUCUGCUAUACAAGAGUGGUGAAUAUAUAGCAAAGAUCGACAGAGCAUUGAAGAACUUUCAUCACGAAGUGUACGAUACACACAAAACACUUUGGAUGCUGGAGUCAGUGCCGCAAUUGAGAGAAUUCCUUUAUGCUUUGCAGGAUUACUCACGCAAAGCUCUUGUUGAGGAGAUUAUCGAUGCAUUCGAAAAAAAUGUGCUCAGCAAAAUAGAUAAAUUGGAGAAGCAAAUAAUACACGGUGAUUACAAUGAACAAAAUAUCAUAGUCGAGCAAUCGCCGACGUCCGCUUGUGGCGAGUACAAAGUGAAGGGCAUCAUUGAUUUUGGUGAUACCAACAAAUCGCCACUAAUCUUCGAAAUUGGCAUCGCACUAACUUAUAUGAUACUACAGGCCAAAUCGCUGGAAAGCGGUGGCUACUUCCUCGCUGGUUAUAACGAUAUACGACCGAUUAGCGUGGAGGAACGUGCUUUGUUGAAGUACUGCGUGGCAGCACGUUUAGCCCAGAGUCUUGUCAUGGGUGCUUAUACGCACUCGCUAGAUCCAUCCAACGAAUAUGUAUUGGUAACGCAAGAAUGCGGUUGGAAAACUAUUGAAGAGUUGUGGCGCAAUAGUUUUGCAGACGUUGAUGAAUUGUGGCAGACAACAGCCGAUAAAUAUCUUACACAAAGUGUUAAAUAAGCUGCCUCAGGGAACAGGAGUAAUAAACGAUCAAUUAUGAAAGUAAUUAAAUAUCAAUUUGCCAAUUAAACCAGUCAAUUUCAAAGUCAAUUUUUAAUCCGAUUUCUACGUGCAUUACAUGUGAACCAAUGCCUAAAUAUAUAAGUAUACGUGUAUGUAAAAAUGAAAUAGGUCCUUAAUAAAAGUAUAAAAACAAA